CCCGACCAGCCAACCUCCGUCGAAUCCGUCAAAAUGGGCCGUGGACCUAAGAAGCACCAGAAGCGCCUCAGCGCCCCCUCGCACUGGCUUCUCGACAAGCUGUCGGGUGCCUAUGCACCCAAGGCCAGCCCUGGUCCUCACAAGACCCGCGAUUCCCUGCCGCUCAUCAUCUUCUUGAGGAACAGGUUAAAGUACUCGCUCAACGCCCGCGAGACCAAGGCCAUCCUCAUGCAGCGCCUCGUCAAGGUUGACGGAAAGGUCCGCACCGACUCCACCUUCCCCGCCGGCCUCAUGGACGUCAUCUCGAUCGAGAAGACCGGCGAGAACUUCCGCCUCAUCUACGACACCAAGGGCCGCUACACCGUCCACCGCAUUACCGGCGAGGAGGCGCAAUACAAGCUUGGCAAGAUCAAGCGUGUCCAGCUCGGCAAGGGUGGAAUCCCCUACUGUGUUACGCAUGAUGCGCGAACGAUCCGCUACCCCGACCCUGCCAUCAAGGUCAACGACACUGUCAAGAUUGACCUCGCCACCGGCAAGAUCACCGACUUCAUCAAGUUCGAUACCGGUGUGAUCUGCAUGGUUACUGGUGGUCGCAACAUGGGUCGUGUUGGUGUCAUCACCCACCGUGAGCGCCACGACGGAGGCUUCAACAUUGUUCACGUCAAGGACGCCGUUGACAACGAGUUCUCCACCCGUGAGAGCAACGUCUUUGUCAUUGGUCGUGAGAAGCCCUGGAUCUCUCUGCCCAAGGGCAAGGGUGUCAAGCUCACCAUUGCCGAGGAGCGCGACCGUAGGCGGGCGCACGCUCUUGCUGGACAGUAAAUGUACGGCUUGAGCGCUGGAGAAGAGGAAGUGAUUUGAGGUGGAUGGACUCGUUAAAUGCACAGUCUACAACGGAUUCGGCUCUCUAAAAUAGGCGUUGGGCACUUGUGGGGAGGCUGGGACGGAUUCGGGGCAUGCUGCAUAACGUACCCAAAGUCAAAACAGAUUCAAGCAAACCAAGUGCAUGGAAUCAUGUUAUGAAUUGAUAGUGAAUGAAGUUUUCAACGAGAGGGUCACGGGCUCUGGAAGGAUUGGGGCUCUCAUCGUCAUCGUCGGUCGUCAUCCAUUGGGGUCAUUCCAUCACGUGUUGCACAGUGCGAAUCGGUCACUGCUAUAUUUGGAGGCCAGUGUUUGAGGGACCGCAGUGCCGAAACGGAAACGCGGAGGCUCUGUUGGGAACGACGACAGAAAAUGGAAUUCUCCUAUGAAAC